AUGCCACAUCCAACCGUCAACUGGCUACUGAACGGUGAACCGGUUGCGCACACCUCAAUGGAUGCGCACUCAUUUCCCAAUGGCACACUAUUCAUACGUCAUUUCUCAGUGAUACACAAUGGCGUCUAUGAAUGUGUGAUUUCAAACUUCGCUGCAAAGACGUCUACCCGCAUAGUGAUUGACUCAAAACAUACAACAACGCGAAAUGGGAUGCCUCAAAUAAGUUCGAACGCCAGAUGUUCAAUGCUUUUUCGAAGCAGUGUGCUGUGGUUCCUUGUUGGUUGUUUGGUGACAAGCUGUUCUGUUUUGAUCUAUCUCCUCUGUGCUUUGGUCUUGAUGCGGCCAUCCCCACGAGCCACGAUGAUUCCCUCUAUGUGGGCUCGGACAAACCCUCUCCUUGGUCCAGGCUUUCGGAAAGUCAUAGUACCGGUACCUGACUUCAUCAAUGGAUCAACAGCCAAUGAUACGAGACGGAAUUUUCAUGAUGUCUGA